GCCGAAUUUUAACUGUCAAGUCGGACGAACACAAAAUUUUAAUUUUUAUUUCGUGAGCCUCGUUUUCUAUGUUGAUGGGUUAAAUUUAGCUGAAAAUUGUGAUUUAAAAGAAGAGCAAGUUGCAAAAUUUAGCUCCUGACAUCAUACCCAUUUUAUCAAGUUUUUACGAGACCGGCAACUGACCAAUCCUAUAGGUAUACAUUACAUAACCCGUGUACACAGCGCAAUGGGAAGCGGCAAAUCAAAGGAACCUCCGGUGUCGGGUCGCAAGGGGGAUGUGGACUUUACGCGCUACAAGGCGCGGGUGGACUGCGUUAAGAUCCAGGGGCUAGGCAGAACCCACGAUGACUACGUGCAGCGAGCCACCCGAGAUUUGUUCAAGGCGACCAAUUUCCAGGAUGUUAUCGUUGAAACGACCAACGUAAAAGACAACCUCAUGCAGCUGGGAAUUUUUAAGAAUCUUAAGAUACACAUUGACGUUAGCAAAGGACCACAGGCCACCAAGAACGGCUACGAAGUGUCAUUUGAGGGCGUUGAACUGUCCCGUCUGACUGGCAGUAUCGGGACCGAGCUGGGUCAAAACGAUGGAGCAGCGACUGCGGAACUCACAUCGCCCAACAUUUUUGGACGGGGAGAGCGACUUAGCUUAAACUAUAGCUACAGCUACGUGCGAAGCAGUGUACUUAAUCUUCGCUUAACGAAACCGUAUUACCACACUGUGCUGGGAGAUUACGCCCCAGAAACAUCGAUAGGCAUUUUUAAGCAUUCAUCGCCAGCGCCAGCGUCUAAAUUCCGCACCGACGAGACCGGGGUGCUGCUGGACUUUUCCUUCACGCUACCUUUUGGUCUGAGCAACAGUUUACAGUACGAGAUCGGGAUGAAGGAAAUUUUCGCCAUGGACAAGCUAACGCCGUUCUUCGUCCGGGAGAAUUGUGGCCCCAAGCUGGCCGGCAUCAUUCGCUACAUCGGAGUGUUUGAGGGCCGGGACAGCAACGUGUUCCCCACGAACGGAGUGUUUGUCAAGACCACCCAGGAACUGAUGGGCAGUUCGCUGUCUCAGUUUGGCGUUAUGAAAAGCGACGUGCAUUGUGAGCUCAACGUGCCAUUGUUUGCGGGAAUUUCGCUGCAAAUGUGCGGACGAGUUGGAAUGAUACUCAACGAUAAACUCAAGGAAGGCAUACCCAUCAAUCAGCUGUUCUUCCCGGGCGGGCCGCAAUCGCUGCGUGGCUUUGAGGUGUCCGGUGCUUGUCCUUACCGCGAGGGAGUGGCCGCCGGGUGUCAGUCUUAUUGGACGUCCGGUCUGCACAUCUGGAGUCCACUUCCGUUCAGCAGUUACUUUGGAGGAUUUGGAAACCUGUUUAGAACGCAUUUAUUCUACAAUUUUGGAACGUGCAAUACAUUUACAACAGACAAACUCCGCAGCACAGCCGGGGUGGGUCUGGCAUUUAGAAUUGGCCAAAAGGCGCGCAUUGAGUUCAACUACUGCCAACCACUGUCAUUCGAGCCGAGCGAUCGUGUCAAAAAAGGUUUCCAAUUUGGCAUCGGGUACGAGUUCAUCUAGAACAACAACAACAGCAGCAAAAAAUCCACGCCGGUUUCCGGAAUCAAAAGUGUUUUCGAGUCACAAACAGCAGGACCUUCUGAAAGCCUUAAACUACCAGCUACCUAUCAGCAGCAUGUUAAACCGAUUUAAAGAUGGCACAGUUUGGCUUACGAUUGCAGAGCUCGGAUUGAAUCUUAAGCCGUUGAUCCUAGAGCUGUUUGGAAUAAAGGGCUUCAGUCAUUUGUUAUACCAAC